AUGGGGGACACAAAAGCAGCCGAAAACAAUACUAAAGGCGCUGCGACUUUACUGCAUUAUUUGGCUGUCACACUUGAAGAAAAUCAAAAAGAGUUAAUCAAUUUUAUGGAUGAAUUACCACAUCUGGAAUCGGCUGCCAGAGUAUCGGUUGUAACAGUUAUGGCUUCAGUUAAUAAUUUGGCGACUGGAGUUUCACACAUAAGAGAAGAAAUACAUGCUCUUAAAAAAAUUAAAAAACUACAGAAUAAUGAUCGAUUUGUUGAAGUGAUGGGUGAAUUUGUGGAAUUCAUCGAACCAACAGUUACAAAAAUACGAGAUUUGGCAAAAAAAUUGGAUAAUGAAUUAAAACAGCUGCUAGUUUAUUAUGGUGAAGAUCCGUCGUCCACAAAACCCGAAGAUUUCUUCAAACUUAUUGUAUCUUUUGCUUCAUAUUUUGCUAAAGCGAGAAUGGAAAACGAAGAAUUACGGAAAAAAGCUGAAAAAGAAAGAGAAAGGGAGAGAAAUCGACUGGUAAACCGACGCCCAUCAGAUACUUCGAGUGUUAGCAGCUCUAUUGCCGGGAAAGGUGAUUUUGAUGAUGCUAUUCGAGAAUUAAGAUCGGGUCUUCGAAGAGGUCGUGGUCGACCUGUCUCGAAAGUAUUUAUGGAUGUGCAAGUAGAAGAAUCACCAAAUAGUUUGGCAAGUUCCAAUCUUACAGAAAAUUUCUGA